AUGCUCUGCAGUAAGACCGACUACAGCUCGCUUUCGACCGACAACAAGGACAAGGCGCAGAGCAUAUACUCGCAGGAAAUAGAGGCAAUGAUGUACACGUGCGGAGACGUGCGAUCUCCUGAAAAGGGGUCGAGCAUGUACAUGGAGCAAAUAAUAUACGUGCAAAUGAAGAUCCUUUUGGGGAAGGCCGAUGCGGUCUCCAAGAUGCGGGGGAGCAAGAAAAUAGCGAUCGAGGACAUUGUGUUUAUCAUGCGCUACAACCCGCACAGGGUGAAAAAGCUCUCAAACUACAUCACCUUCAAAGACGUCCGAAACAAAGUGAAUCGCGACGUAAUUUCUCUGCGGAGUACGGCAGAGGCCCGGCUGAAGUACUGCUGGCUCCCCAAGAACGUAUACGACAAGCCGGAGGAUACGCAGGGCCGGCUGUACAUGAUUGAUCGAAUGACUGAGGGGAUGACAAAAGAGGAGUAUCUGGACUUCACAGAGUGCAGGCAGGCCUCUUUUACCUUCAGGAAGGGAAAGCGCUUUAAGGAGUUUCUUAACACAGAGUGCAAAAUGAAGGACGAUCUCCUGGACGUUCUCGGGUUUUUGGCGUGCGAAAUUGUUUUCGACAUCAUUAGCAUGGCCAGCAAAAUAAGCGCAAGCAAGUCCAAGGCAGCAAAAGUGGGCCCGGACGUGCGGGGAAUGUUCAAAAUGCGCACGCGAAAAGUCCCAAUUACAGUGUCUGAUAUAGACGAAGCCUGCAGAAGGCUGAAGCUAAGAGGGGCCAUAUACUAG